UGUGCUCAUCCCCACCACACGGGCCCAUUUGCUUCGAUCCAUUCCCCUGCCCCCAUUAUCGAUCCUCUCCUGUGGGGCUCAAAGCUCCACUAACUUUUAUGUAGCUCUCGCCUGGAUAUGUAUGCCAGUGCCGUCCGUGAUCUCUUGGUGCUUGCUUUCCCCUCCUCGCGCCCAUAUUUUAUUCCCCUCCCCGCCGGUUCCGUUCCGCGAUCCUCGUUCGCAUUGUCUGUCACUCCUCGAUUGUUUUUGUUUCGAGGGCUGCAAGGCAGGCGUAGCUUCAUGAUCGGAGCCUAGCUUCUCCGGUUCAGUUUCUUGGUUGAUCCCAUCUCGCAUCGCAGACAUGGAUACUGAGUUCGGAGUUGGCAUGGCGCCCCGAAAGAGGGAGUCAUGGCGGACGACGCUGCUGCUGGCGUAUCAGAGCCUCGGGGUGGUGUACGGCGACCUCAGCAUCUCGCCGCUGUACGUGUACAAGAGCACCUUCGCAGAGGACAUCACGCACUCGGAGACCAACGAGGAGAUCUACGGCGCCCUCUCCUUCGUCUUCUGGACGCUCACCCUCAUCCCACUCAUCAAGUACGUCACCAUCGUCCUGCGCGCCGACGACAACGGCGAGGGAGGCACCUUCGCGCUCUACUCCCUCAUCUGCCGCCACGCCAAUGUCAGCCUCCUCCCCAACCGCCAGGUCGCCGACGAGGAGCUCUCCACCUACAAGCUCGAGUGCCCGCCCGAGGUCGCCCAGAGGUCACGCGUCAAGGAGUGGCUCGAGAAGCACAAGAAGCUGCACACCGCGCUGCUCGUCAUGGUCAUGAUCGGCACAUGCAUGGUCAUCGGGGACGGCGUCCUCACGCCGGCCAUCUCGGUGUUCUCCGCUGUUUCAGGGCUUGAGCUCUCCUUGUCCAAGCAUCAACAUGAAUAUGCGGUCAUCCCGAUAACCUGUGCUAUAUUAGUAUUCCUGUUUGCUCUCCAGCAUUACGGCACCCACCGUGUCGGAUUUCUCUUCGCACCGAUCGUGCUGUGCUGGCUUCUCUGCAUGAGCGCAAUCGGCUUGUACAACAUCAUCCACUGGAACCCCCAUGUUUACCAGGCACUCAAUCCCUGCUACAUGAUCACAUUCCUGAAGAAGACCAGGAAGUCUGGCUGGAUGUCUCUGGGAGGAAUUUUGCUAUGCAUGACAGGAUCCGAAGCAAUGUUCGCAGAUCUUGGCCAUUUCUCCUACAGCGCAAUCCAGCUUGCUUUCACUUCUUUAGUGUAUCCAUCACUGAUUCUGGGAUACAUGGGUCAAGCUGCUUAUUUGUCCAAACACCAUAACUUUGACGCAAGCUACCAAAUUGGAUUCUACAUCGCAGUUCCCGAGAGUGUAAGGUGGCCUGUGCUAGUGCUGGCGAUAUUGGCGUCGGUGGUUGGAAGCCAAGCAAUCAUCAGUGGAACAUUCUCCAUCAUCAACCAGAGCCAGUCCCUGAGUUGCUUCCCCAGGGUGAAAGUUGUGCACACCUCUGCCAAAAUUCAUGGUCAGAUAUACAUCCCUGAGGUCAACUGGAUGCUAAUGAUCCUCUGCAUUGCUGUGACCGUUGGUUUCCGUAAUACCAAGCACAUGGGAAAUGCAUCUGGCUUGGCGGUGAUCACGGUGAUGAUGGUGACGACGUGUCUCAUGUCGGUGGUGAUCAUGCUGUGCUGGCACCGGUCGCCUCUGCUAGCCCUGGCGUUCUUCCUCUUCUUCGGGUCGAUCGAGGCGCUCUACUUCUCGGCGUCGCUGAUCAAGUUCCUUGAAGGCGCGUGGGUGCCGAUCCUGCUGUCCCUCAUCCUGUUGGCCGUCAUGUUCGUGUGGCACCACACCACCAUCAAGAAGUACGAGUACGACAUGCAGAACAAGGUGACCCUCGAGUGGCUGCUCGCCCUGGGCGACAAGCUCGGCAUGGUGCGUGUCCCGGGCAUCGGCCUCGUCUACACCGACCUCACCUCCGGCGUGCCGGCGAACUUCUCCCGCUUCGUAACCAACCUCCCAGCGUUCCACCGGGUGCUCGUCUUCGUCUGCGUCAAGUCCGUGCCGGUGCCGCACGUGCUCCCCGCCGAGCGCUACCUCGUCGGCCGCGUCGGGCCGCCGGGCCACCACUCCUACCGGUGCAUCGUGCGCUACGGCUACCGCGACGUGCACCAGGACGUGGACUCCUUCGAGACGGAGCUCGUCGAGAGCCUCGCCACCUUCAUCAAGCUCGACGCGCUGUUCCGGUGCAGCGACGCCGGCGGCGAGCAGCGGGACAGCAGCUACUACGAGCGCGAGAACGCGCUCACCGUCAUCGGGAGCAACCCGCUGCGGCGCCACCUGGGCCUGGGAUACGACGACUCCCACGACGGCGUGUCGUCGGCCCACGAGGCCGCUGGCAGCGCGAACGGGAUCGAGCUCGCGGCGGCGGCGCCGGCGAUUAAGAAGCAGGUGAGGUUCGCGGUGGAGAGCGCGGCGCCGAGGAGCCCCGGCGUGGACGAGCGCGUGCUGGAGGAGCUGCAGGAGCUGUGCGAGGCGCGGGAGGCGGGGACGGCGUUCAUCCUGGGGCACUCGCACGUGCAGACUAAGCCGGGGUCUUCGGUGCUGAAGAAGCUGGCCGUCGGCGUCGGCUACAACUUCCUGCGGCGGAACUGCCGCGGCCCGGACGUGGUGCUGCGCGUGCCGCCGGCGUCGCUGCUCGAGGUCGGCAUGGUCUACGUGCUAUGACAACGUGAUUGCGGAUCUCCCUGCUUCUUUUUGUCAGUGCGUCAACUACGGAUCUCUCUGCUUUCGUGCAGUAUGCAGAUCUCGACCUGCUGAUGAAAAUUGUAAUUCGUAACGCGAUGCGAUGAUAUAGAAUUAUAGAUGCCCUGAUAUUUGCCAGUGGCACCAUGUGUUCAAUAUAUGGUUGUUGAAUCAAAUUAUUGGCAAAUUUUACAUACA